AUGGCAUCUUUGGAUAAUGAUGUUACGAAUAGAUCAUCUACAAAGAAAGUAUCACAGAACCGCCGUCUUAUGCAAGGACUUGUUGCGGUCACUGGAGAAUUCGGAAAAACUAAUCUUACUGCUGAGGCUAGUACUGCAUCUUUGAAGCGAACUUUUCUCGAUCUUCGUGAUAUUCGUCAAGCUAAUUAUAGAGGGCCAGCCGAGACUCCUCAUGAAGGUAGAAUAUUCUGGAUUACCAUCAAAAUAACUGAUCAGCACCCUAAUCAAUUGCCUCUGAUGAGAUUUAACACAAAAAUCUAUCAUCCAAAUAUAUCCCCACAAGGAUAUGUUUGCUACGCAGGUGGUCAGCUUCACAAGUAUUCAAACCCUCUGAAUGGUUCAGAUAAAUGGUCUUUGGGAAGCAACAGAAAGCUCUGCUGGUCAAUUGGAGCACUGCUCACCACACUAUGCGGUCUUCUAUCGUCUCCAGAUGUAGAUGAUCCUUUAGUACCGGAGAUUGCACACACAUAUCUUGACGAUUAUGACGAAUAUUGCUGCAAUGCUCGACUGUAUACAAAAAGAUACGCUACAGAUAAGAGACCAGACGAACCCAAUUUUUUAUUUCCUGAUAACGCCUCCGAAGAAGCUGAAUUCAUCGAUUCCUCCCAUGAUCUUCGCAAAGAAGAAAAAUCUGAUGGCGGUUUGGUAAGCUCACAAAGCUCUCUUGGCGCGAGGUAUGAUGAUAGCUAUUUCACCAAUUAUUGGAAGAUUAUUACACAUACAAAAGUAAGCUUGGCUGACCCUCAGCUCAAUAUGGCCAUACAACAGUUUAUCAAAACAAAUUGGUCUCAAGAUUCAUCAGUCGAAUCACUCCACUUACAGGAUAUUGAUUUCGUCACAAAACAAACUAUGGGGAUUUCAAAAAGUCAUACAUAUCUCUAA